AUGCCUCAAGAUUCGGCUGAAACGCUCAUGGAGCAUUUAUCCAACCUCAUCAGCAAGCAAAACGAUCCCGUGAACGGGCCCUCAAUUGAUGAACAGAUUGCCCGGUUCCACAGACAGGAAGCUGAGCUCCGCAACUUAGUGCAGGAAUUAGCAGCAAGCAGAGAAGAGGAACGGAAGCAAAUCGACGCAAUUAGUGAAUCCUGCCAACAACAAGUAGCUGCCAUAGAGAGACUGUUGGAGCAGACCGAUGAGUUAAUUAGCAUGAAUCUUAAAUCGUCAAGGGAGUAUGGCACAUCCAAGCUGAUUGCCGGGCGUGGCAAACGAUCCAGAAGAGCAAGUCUGGGACUUUACAUCAGCUUCGCCGAACCGCCGCCACUACGAAAUAGACCUAUGAUCCGCGAAGCAUGUUUUGAACACCUCCUCUACAACAUUUCCCGACGUCUCCAACAGUCCCGACAUCAGGCUUGA